AUGGUGGUAGCUCGGCUGUCUGAAUGCUGUGGCAGUUUUUAUUCCACUUCACGCCAACGCCACUAUUUUCGUAUCCACUUGACGACACUCCCAUCUGAUUCAAUGUGUCCACAUUCUCCCAUUCGCCACCCUGCGCCUCACCUCCCCUCCUUCUACUUCCCAUUUCUUCCAUUAUCAACCAAUGCAUCAGUCAUCUCUCGCCUACCUCAAACACACAUAACGCUCAUCCCUCCACUCAGUCUACAGACAUCCACCAAUGCCAAUGCCUCACUUCUCAUCACAACCACAUCAACUCGUGACGGUCAUGAUCCCUGCUCCACCUGCAAUCACUCACACCACAUCACAUCAUAUUUGCAGGCGACUUGGAGGCCACAGUCACUUCUGCCACCACUUCGAUUCACUGCCAAUGACAGUCAAUGUGGGAGGGUCUCCUCCUCUUGGCAAACUCCAGUCAUCACAAGUGAAGUGUUGUAUUUCCGAUGGUCACUCAUAAAUGCGGCCCUCAUCUGCCACAUAAAUUCCUCCGCCCCCUCACCUCACUUCACCUCGAUUGCCACCUCUCUGGUUGGCAUUUUCAAUUGCAGUCCACAAUCGUAA